AUGCUUAACGAGCAAGCUGAGAAAGCUGAAACUGAAGUUAAUUCACCGAGGCAAGCUGUUGAUGAACUGAAGAAAGAGAAAGAAGUUGUUGAGCUAAGAUAUGAGCAGUGCCUUGAGAAAAUAGCCAUGAUGGAGAAUGAAAUAUCUCGAGCACAAGAGGAUGUUAAGCGACUGAACAGUGAAGUGGUGAUGGGUGCUGCAAAACUUAAAGGUGCAGAAGAACAUUGUUUUCUGUUGGAGAAGUCAAAUCAGUCUAUGCAGUUAGAGGCUGAAAAUUUGGUCCAAAGGAUAGCAAUAAAGGAUCAAGAACUCUCGACCAAGGAAAUUGAACUGGACAAGCUUCAUACUUUACUGGAAGAGGAGAACUCACAGUUUGCCCAGGUUCAAGCCAGCUUGCAAACUUUGCAAAAGUUGCACUCACAGUCACAAGAAGAGCAGAAAGCCUUGGCACUAGAGCUGGAAAACAAGCUUCAAAUGUUGAAAGAUUUGGAGUUGAGCAACCAGGAAUUGCAAGAAGUUUUGCACCGAGCCAAGGAUGAAAAUCAGAGCCUCAACGAGUUAAACGGUUCUUCCAGCCUUUCCAUAAAGAACUUCCAUAACGAAAUUUCUUGCCUCAAGGAAGUGAAGGUGAAGCUUGAAGUGAAACUUAUAGAUCAAGUAAGUCAAACUGAUUCCCUGCAACAGAAGAUUUCUUGUUUGAGGGGAGAGAUUGAUGCCUUGAAUAGCAGGUAUCCGGGUUUAAUGGAGCAGGUGUGGUCUGUCGGUGAAACUGAAGGCUCCUCUGUUAAACACUUGCAAGAUGAAAAAUCGAGGCUAAAAGAAGUUCACGGAAAGGAUGAAAGUGAGAAGGAAGUUCUGCACGAGAAACUGAAGGCUACAAAUCAUCUCCUUGAGAUGAAUGUUGCCAUGGAGAGAUCUCUUUCAUAA